CGAAAUGUGUCCCGUUUGAGCCAAGGUCAUCCGAUAGGCCCCGUGUGUAGGUACCCCAGCGGCCAGCCCCGCCCCCUUUCCGUCCGUCAGUUGUCUGCUCUCGCGCCUGCGCACUGCUCUCCGGCCAGCUGAUGCUGCUCCCGGCGCCGGAGCUCAGUGGCUCAGUGACAGUUAUGGCGCUGACGGGUCAGGUCUGCUCCCGCGCGGUCACAGGAGCGAUCGGCAUAGGAUUGUUACGUGGGUUUUUGUAUUUUGUGGUCGUAGGGAGCGCGUGCGGUAGGGUACUCAGUGAUGAAUCAUUGUCAGAAGCAGUUUUUGGAGCACGGGAUGAACAGGUCAGAGAGGUCGAGCAUCACCAACUCGGUACGGAUGACCUUGACCUGGGACCUGACAUCGACAUCAGACUCUUUGCUGAGGAGUUUGCUGCACCGAAAUUUCGUCAGCUAGCAUUGACUGAAAGUGUGAAGAACAAAGGAGAAAUUUGUUCAGUAAGUGAGCUUCAAUCUGUGCCAGUGAGAACUCAUGGUGUAUUUGGAAAUGCUUCCUCUGGUGAUGUGAGAAAUGGACAGGGAAUGGUGGUUGGACGAAGUGGCUGCACAACAUCAUAUCACUUGUGUGCAUGGGAGGCAGACAGCGAGAAAGGACAUUUAGACUGGAUUCAUCUUGGAAAACAUUCCGUCAUUGACAUAGGACAUCUGUGCAGCAGCGAUGACCUCGACAGUUCAAGACGGCGGCGUCAGGUGGAGACUGCCGCGGCGGGCGCCGGCACUGGCCCGGAGCUGACGGCCGCCGGCCCGGACCCUGCCGCCGCCGCCGCCGGCCCGGUGCUGGCCGGUCUGCGCGUGGAGGUCUCCUACAAGCCGCCGGACAUGGGCUCGGACGGCGUCAUCAGCGUGCUGCAGGACCGCGAGGCCACGCUGCGCCUAUUCGGCGCCGGCCUGGCCGACGGGCUGCGCUUCAAGUUCACCGGCGACGCGCUGGAGCCGGGCGCCAGCUGCGAGCAGAGCCAGACCACCGUGGCGUUCGAGCUGAAGUCGGUGGAUGCGGCCGGCACGUCGGGGCUGCUGACGGUGGUGUUGCCGCAGCUGCCCAGCGGCGCCGAGCGGUUCUACGUGUGCGGCCAGCCGGCCGGCGGCGGCCCCUACACCCACCUGGGCUCUCAGCCGUACCUGGCUAUCGGCACGUUCCCGCCGCUGCUGCCGCUGGCGCUGCAUGUGGUGCUGCUGGUGGUGCUGCUCUGCUUGUCGGGCCUGUUCUCCGGACUCAACCUGGGCCUGAUGGCGCUCAACAUCACCGAGCUGAAGCUGGUGCUGUCCACGGGCACGGACAGCGAGAAGGGCUGGGCGCGCACCAUCAUCCCUGUGCGCAACCACGGCAACUACCUGCUCUGCACCCUGCUGCUCGGUAACGUGCUCGUCAACUCGUCACUCACCAUCCUGCUGGACGAGCUCACCUCCGGCAUCGUGGCCGUCAUCGGCUCCACCCUGGGCAUCGUCAUAUUCGGCGAGAUCGUGCCGCAGGCGCUGUGCUCGCGCCACGGCCUGGCCGUCGGCGCCAAGACCAUCUACCUGACCAAGCUGUUCAUGAUCGUCACGUCGCCGCUCAGCUACCCGAUCUCGCUGAUCCUGGACCGGGUGCUCGGCGAGGAGAUCGGAAACACCUACAACCGCGACCGGCUCAAGGAGCUCAUCAAGCUCAACAAGGACGACAUGGGUCUGGAGAACGAGGAGCAGAACAUGAUCGUGGGCGCGCUGGACCUGAAGGCCAAGACGGUGGCAGACGUGAUGACGCCGCUGGAAGACGUCUACAUGCUGCCCUACGUGGCCAUCCUCGACUACCAGACCAUCUCAGAGAUCAUGGAGCAGGGCUACUCGCGGAUACCGGUGUACGAGGGCGACCGCUCCAACAUCGUGGCCGUGAUGCUGGCCAAGGACAUGGCGUUUGUCGACCCGGACGACUGCACGCCCAUCAAGACGCUGUGCCACUUCUACCAGAACCCGUGGUCGUUCGUCUUCGAGGACGUCACGCUGGACGUUAUGCUCCGCGAGUUCAAAGAAGGCAACAAGGGCCACAUGGCGUUCGUGCAGCGGGUGGUCACGGAGACGGUGGGCGACCCGUACUACGAGCUGGUCGGCCUGGUCACCCUGGAGGACGUCAUUGAGGAGAUGAUCCAGUCCGAGAUCGUCGACGAGACGGACGUACUCAUCGACAACAAGACCAAGAAGCGCCGCGGCAAGAAGCGCCGCAUGCCGGACCCGAUCGCGUUCGCGCAGCCGACCAACAACCAGAUUCACAUAUCGCCGCAGCUGGCGCUGGCCACCUUCCAGUUCCUUCAGACAGUGGAGCCGUUCAAGAACGAGUUCAUCUGCCCGUCGGUGCUGAAAAAGAUGCUCGAGCGCGACGUCGUGCGCCACAUCAAGCCCCGCGACGACGCGAACGUCUACAUCUACGAACGGAAUAAGCCGGUGGACUUCUUCUGCAUGAUUCUGGAGGGUCGCGUGCACGUCACCAUGGGCAAGGAGAACCUGGCGUUCGAGAGCGGUCCGUUCAGCUACUUCGGCACCCAGGCGCUGGUGAUGCUGCCCUCGGAGUGCGAGGCCUCGCCGCAGCUACUGCGCGGCUCGGCUCACUCGCUGGACGGCGGCAUGCGCGCCAGCUUCACACCCGAGUACUGCGUGCGCGCCAUCACCGAGGUCUACUACCUGAAGGUGCGCCGCUCGCACUACGUGGCCGCGCGCAAGGCGACGCUGGUGGCGGCGCAACGUGACCCGUCCCGCUCCGUGGACCAUUCAGAGUCGCUGGCGCACGACAUGGCUGCACUGGGCUCCCGGACGGACUCGCUGCGCGACUUCCACCUGAACCCCAACAACACGGUGAGUCGCAACGGCGGCGACUCGAGCGCCACGCUCGUCUCGAUGCCGGACGGCGCGCCGGCCCAGUCUGCCGGCGGCGGCGGCGGCGGCGGCGGCAGCGACACGGAACAGUCCGAGAUGAGCUCACUGCUCAGUGUGCCGGCCACGCCCAGCGGCCCGACCGCCCCCGCGCGGCACGUCAACUUCGUGGAGGCCGGCCUGUCCGGCAGCGAUCCUAUCGUCCGGCCGGGCGGCCGCCGGCACCGGGUCGGCUUCCAGCUGUCCCCGCCGGCCGACCCGGGCCGGCCUCGGACCCGCGCCUCUCCCGACUUCGGCCGGCCGCCGUCACCCCACAUCGCCACGCUGUGAACAGCGGCGCCUCUCCUGAUAUCGCCACAGCCGCGCCUCUCCUGAUAUCGCCACGCUGUGAACAGCUGCGCCUCUCCUGACAUCGCCACAGCCGCGCCUCUCCUGAUAUCACCACAGCCGCGCCUCUCCUGACAGCCGCGCCUCUCCUGAUAUCGCCACGCUGUGAACAGCUGCGCCUCUCCUGACAUCGCCACAGCCGCGCCUCUCCUGAUAUCGCCACAGCCCUGAUAUCUCCUGAUAUCGCCACGCUGUGAACAGCUGCGCCUCUCCUGACAUCGCCACAGCCGCGCCUCUCCUGAUAUCACCACAGCCGCGCCUCUCCUGACAUCGCCACAGCCGCGCCUCUCCUGAUAUCGCCACGCUGUGAACAGCUGCGCCUCUCCUGACAUCGCCACAGCCGCGCCUCUCCUGAUAUCACCACAGCCGCGCCUCUCCUGAUAUCGCCACAACCGCGCCUCUCCUGAUAUCGCCACAGCCGCGCCUCUCCUGAUAUAUCGCCACGCUGUGAACAGCUGCGCCUCUCCUGACAUCGCCACAGCCGCGCCUCUCCUGAUAUCGCCACAGCCGCGCCUCUCCUGAUAUCGCCACUCUGUGAGCAGUCGCGCCUCUCCUGAUAUCGCCACUCUGUGAGCAGUCGCGCCUCUCCUGAUAUCGCCACAGCCGUGCAUCUCCUGACAUCGCCACAGCAGCGCCUCUCCUGAUAUCGCCACAGCCGCGCCUCUCCUGAUAUCGCCACUCUGUGAGCAGUCGCGCCUCUCCUGAUAUCGCCACUCUGUGAGCAGUCGCGCCUCUCCUGAUAUCGCCACAACCGCGCCUCUCCUGAUAUCGCCACAGCCGCGCCUCUCCUGAUAUCGCCACAGCCGCGCCUCUCCUGAUAUCGCCACUCUGUGAACAUCAGCGGCUCUCCUGAUAUCGCCACUCUGAACGGCCGCGCCUCUCCUGAUAUCGCCACUCUGGGAACAGCCGCGCCGAAUCGCGCCUCUCCAACAUCAGACCUGUGUAUCUCUCCCGACAUCACCCGGCGGCCUGUAUAUCUCUCUCGACGCCACCUAUCCUGACAUCAGCCGGCGGCCUGUACCCGUCCUGACAGCCGGCGACCUGUGCACCCAUGUCACCCGGCGGUGUGUCAUGUCCUGGCCGAGUUCCAGCGCGUGUGUGCGUGUGUGGAAGGGAGCGCCUGUCCCGGGUCCGGGCGGCGCCGCCUGUGUAGCGGCCGUAUUAUAGCGGCCCGCGGCAGCCGGCUGGAGCAGCAGCUCUCUUCUUUUGAUAAUUUGUUUUCAAGACAGGUGUGGUAUCGCCGUGACGAACUAAUUAGUGUAUCGGCGGCCGACUAGGUAGUUGCUGGGUUCCUUUUCUAGUUAUGAUCUGUUCUUGAAGCAAUGAAUACACGGAGAUACGUGAA